CACCACCACCACCACAAUAUAUAUACACCAUCCUCUUAACUCCUCCAAACAAUAUACACCAACACAACAUGGACCACCAUCCACCUCCCGGCGACGAGAAACCACCGCCACCGCCGCCCUCCGCCGCCGACCUCGCCGCCCUCAUCGACGACAACAUAGACGCCAUCUCCUUCGCAUCCACCACCCCAACUCACCCCCAAGACAGCACCAGCAGCAGCACCACCGCCACACCGAGCCACGCGUCCUGGUCCUCGGCCUCCUCCCGGCCCCACCGCCCGCCGCCCUGCGACGUGUGCUGGCGGCGGAUGGUGGAGUACUCCUCCGCCAUGACGCUGUCGGAGCUGCGGUUCGUCCACCGGCUGGGGAGCGGGGACAUCGGGUGCGUGUACCUGGUUGAAGUGAAGGGAGGCGACGGCUGCCUGUUCGCCGCCAAGGUCAUGGACAUGAAGGAGAUGGCCAGUCGCAACAAGGAGUCGCGUGCGAGAGUGGAGAGGGAGAUUCUCGAGGUGCUUGACCAUCCUUUUUUGCCGGCGCUUUACGCUACCGUUGAGUCGCCGACGUGGUCGUGUUUGUUGACCGAGUUCUGCCCAGGCGGUGAUCUCCACUCGCUGCGUCAGGACCAGCCGGAGCGUCGCUUCAACGAAUUUGCCGUCCGAUUUUACGCGUCGGAAGUGGUGGCGGCGUUCGAGUACCUCCACAUGAUGGGAAUAAUCUACCGCGACCUGAAGCCGGAAAACGUCCUCGUCCGCUCCGACGGCCACAUCAUGCUCACCGACUUCGAUCUCUCCUUGAAAGACGACGCAACCUCCACCGCCGCACAGAUCGUCUGCUCCCUCCCGACUCCUCCUCCCUCCCCACAUCCCUCCAACGUCAAGGAAUAUUCCUCCUCCGCCACGUCAUCAUCGGGCUGCACCAUCCCCAACUGCAUCUCCCACGCCGCCACCGCCGCCUCCUGCUUCCACGCCAGCCGGAACCCGAAAAAGAAGAAGAAGAACAAGAGCAAGUACUUCCGGGCCGGCCACCACGGCGCCGCGCCGGAGAUCGUGGCGGAGCCGGUGGACGUGCGGUCGAUGUCGUUCGUGGGGACGCACGAGUAUCUCGCCCCGGAGAUCGUCGCCGGGGACGGGCACGGCAGCGAGGUGGACUGGUGGACGCUGGGGAUCUUCGUGUACGAGAUGUUCUACGGGGUGACGCCGUUUAAAGGGUGCGACCACGAGUCGACGCUGGCGAGCGUGGUGGCGCGUGCGCUGGAGUUUCCGAGAGAGCCGGCGGUGCCCGGGCCGGCGAAGGAUCUGAUUGCUCAUCUGCUGAUCAAGGAUCCGGCGCGGCGGCUGGGGUCGACGCUGGGCGCGAUGGCGAUCAAGCACCAUCCGUUUUUCGACGGGGUGAAUUGGGCGCUGUUGAGGUGUAGGAAGCCGCCGUUUGUUCCUCGGCCGUUUGAUUGGCGGAAGCUGGUCAACGUUGAUGCGGAUAAGCCCGUUGAAUAUUAUUAGGGGGGAAAACGACAGGACGAGUAAUCGUAAAUUCAAUUUUCGGCAUUAAUGCGCUUUCAAUUUACGUCGUUGUUAAUAAUGUUAAGUCUUUUGUAUGUCGAGACAGGAUUGUACUUUGCGUCUUUGAAGGGAGAGUAUAGUAGUAAUAGUAGCAAUAGGGAUAGAGGUUUUGUUAGAGCUUGUGCAUUGGUGGUUAAGGUUACUUGUUUAGCAAAUGAAUUUGAAUUUAUAAUAUAUACAUUGGUUGAUAAUAGAUUCAUGAAUAAUAAAGUAAAUGAAUUGGCGG